GUGAGCUGGUCACGAGUGUACUUAGGUGUUCAUUCUCCAUGUGAUGUGCUAGGAGGAUGGACUAUCGGCGUACUGCUGCUUUUCAUAUUUGGUGGAUUUUCGGAUAAGCUCUACGAUGCCUACGAAAGCAGCUCUUCGUCGGACCUAUCCUUCUUCGUUUAUUUCUACUCCGUCGUACUAUUCCUGAUAUGGGCGCAUCCCAGAGCUUGGCCAGAAACGCAGAGCUACGGAGAGUUAGGAAUUGACUUUGCUCUUCCUUCCUCAAACACAAGCCUGAACUUCUUCUGCCAACACUCUGAGGAAGUGUGUAAGAACAAUGAAGAGAUGAGAUUUAUUGUUCGAGAUUAA